AUGUACAGUCGCAGUGUUGUUCAUUUAUCCAAGAAUGAAAGACAAUCUCUCGAGAAACUUUUAAUGAAUUACCAAGAUGUGUUUGCUAAAAACAAUGAUGACCUUGGUUGUACUAACUUAAUUCAACACCGUAUAAACGUCCAAGCAGCUCAACAUAUUCGCCAAGCUCCUCGAAGGCUACCUAUUGCAAAAUGUGAAAUCGAGCGCACUGAAAUUGAAAAGAUGCUAGCUAAUGGUAUAAUUGAACCUAGCAUAAGCGAAAGGAGCAGUCCUGUACAUUUGUUAACAAAACCUGAUGGCAGCACUAGAUUCGCGGUGGACUACCGUAAAGUCAAUAAAGUGGUGAAAAAGAUAGUUUCCCGCACCCAAAGAUAG